AUGUCGGUUAGCUUGGAGCUUCUUAGUGGCAAAGAGGAUGUAUCUAGUGGUGCUAAUCCAGAUAAUGCUAUUUCACAAUUAAUUACCAACAUUCUUUCUACCUCUUACAAUGAUCCUUCAUUACGGCAAGCACUGUCUGUGCUUGACACUAAGAUGGAAGAGAAUACUGCUGAGAAUCGUCGUCAAUUGCGGUCGAAUAUUGAGACAUCGGUAUUAAAAUCUGGUAGUACUAUUUUAAAAGAUUUCACAAAAUUGCAUCAAAAAUUAAGUAGUCUGGGUGAUUCCAUACAAGAGCUUAACAACCAAUAUAACCAUAUGGAGAAAGUUGUUAGCCAGGCUACGAAAGAUACUUUGCUGAUUCAAAAGCAGGCAGAAGAAUUGCGCAGUAGCGAAGAAACCAUUAGCAUAAAAAAACGCUUACUGGAAGCGUAUGAAAAUAAUUUUGUUCUCACGGAUCAAGAAUUGGACAUCCUUAAUAACGGUCUACUGGCUAGCGGAGCCGACGAAGUUGAGCAAUUCUUUCAGGUUUUACAAAAAGUCAAUCAUAUUCAUAAUGAUUGUCAAGUUCUCCUGUCAGCAGAUGAUACUUCUCAAACAGGAAUGGAAAUCAUGGGCCAGAUGUCGGCACAUCUUGAUAAGGGAUACGAGAGAAUUUUAAUUGCUGUUGAAAACGAGUUCAAGAAAAUGGUCUCGGGACAGUAUCUACAAAUCAGCAAGUCGCUAAGAAGAUAUUUGACAAUUCUCUCAAGCGAACGACCAAAUCUGUUUGAUAGUGCCUUGAAUGGUCUUAUCGAUACUCGACAAAAGAACCUAACUAACGAAUUUAUUAAAGCAUUAACUGUGGAAACCUCGACAUCGAAACCUAUCGACUUUUAUGCAUACGAUAUUCUGCGAUAUGUGGGAGACAUAAUGGCAUGGAUUCACUCGGCAAUUGUGGGUGAACAAGAAAUCCUCGAGACGUUACUACUGGAUGAUAAGAAAACACUACUACAAAAAAUUGAUAAAGCAACGACAUCUCUGGUCAAACCACUGAGACUGAGAAUAGAACAAGUAAUUUCAACUGAAGAUAAUCUUGUCGAUAUUUACAAAGUUGGCAACGUGUUAAACUUCUACUAUUCUAUAUUUAUAAAGAUUUUCAGCAACGAAUCUUCGGCUAUAAUGACAGCAAUCUCUCGGCUUGAAGAAGCAUGUUCUCGACAGUUUAGUCAAUGUCUUCAAAACAAAAUUGCCUCCCAAAAAGAUGGUUUGGGUGCUGUUACUCGACCAGGGUCUUCUCUCCUGCGCGAUCUACAACCUCCGGAGUUUUUCAGCGAUGCCCUAGCAGAUGCUAAAGCCAUUCUUUCCUCGUAUGAAGCCAGUAUUAACUUUACUUCGCCACCAUCAAACCAAUUCAAGCAGACUCUCCACGACCUAAUUGAGCCUUAUCUCGAAUUGUGUAACCGUGUAUCUGAAAGUCUGCCCUCGGUUGACUCAGAGAUUUUUGUCAUAAACUGCUUCGAUGCAACUAAGUCGACCUUGUCACUGUUUCCAUUCGUACAAUACAAGAUCGAUCAAAUGAAUAACCGUACCGAUGAACUGGCUGAGGUUCUCGAAGACAGUCAGUAUUACAAAUUCCUGUCAUCGUCAGGGGUUAAUUCAAUUCUGAACGCUGACAAAACCCUUAACAGAGAAAAGAUUUCUGGCAAUACACAACUUAUUCAAGAGUUAGCAGCUUCUCUUGACAACUUCCUCCCAGCCGCAAACAUGGAGUCAAGUGUUCUCUUGCAUCGGUUAUCUUCACCCCGACUCUCUUCAUCAAUUACUCUGCGUGCAUCACAGAGAUUUGUUGACAUAUUUCAACAAAUUAAACAAUGUCUCGAUGAGCUGUAUGGCGAGGAAGCUGCUGUGCUUAUGCCAAGAUCAGUUUCCGAAGUUAAAACUUUAUUAGCAAUAGAAUAG